AUGGCUGCCUGCUGUCCUCCUGGAUCUUGGCCUGCGUGCCAGUCCUCGGACGACUACACGCCCAAGGGAACACCGUCCAAGCUCGGAGACCUGAGCGUCUACGAGAUCGGUAGCGGCGACAAGGCCGUCCUAGUUUUGCCGGACGUUUUUGGAUGGCAAUCGAAUGCAGGGCGCUUGAUGGGCAUCGCAGAUACCCUGGCAGAGCAGGGCUAUCGAGUGCUGCUGUCAGAUCCCUUCUACGGUGACACUGCCGCCGGGAAGGAGGAUAUCAUGGGCUGGAUUACCUCCUUUCCUUGGGAGAAGAAUGUCGGCAAAGAUAUCGAGACCUGCGUGAAGCAUUUGCAGGAUGCAGGCUGCAAGAGCAUCGGUGCUGUUGGCUUCUGCUGGGGUGUUUGGGCAUUCUGCAAGGCUUCCUCAGAAGGCAUUCCCUUGAAGUGUGGCGUUGGACCACACCCCUCCACUCGACUGGAAGGAGCUUUCGGUCGGGACGAACAAGCGAUGAUGGACAAGGUCGAGAUGCCAGUGCUUCUGAUGCCAGCAGGCAAUGACCCGGAGAAUCUCAAAGAAGGUGGUGCCAUUGCAGCCUCCAUGGCCAAGAAAGGUGGUGCCAGCAUUACCUUCCCAGACAUGCAGCACGGCUGGAGUUGCCGUGGUGAUUUAAAGGUGCCUGAGGUGAAGCGUGAUGUGGAGCUGGCCAUGAAACAUAUGGUCGACUUCUUUGCCAAGAAUCUGUAA